AUGGCGGAUAGAAACGAGAACCAAGCUCCUGAGAAACUUCAGGGGAAGUUUCAAGCAACGGUUGUUUGUUGUAUUCUUGGAAUCGGAGCUCUUGUUUCUUGGAACAGUAUUCUCACUAUUGCAGAUUACUACUACCUAGUUUUUCCGGAUUAUCAUCCUUCAAGGGUGUUAACACUUGUAUACCAACCGUUCGCCCUUGGAACAAUCGUGAUUCUUGCAUACCACGAAUCUAAAAUUGAUACCCGGAAACGUAACCUGUUUGGUUAUAUUCUAUUCACAAUAUCCACGUUCUCGCUGAUAGUUUUGGAUUUGGCUACAAAGGGACGUGGUGGAGUGGGACCUUAUAUCGGUUUAUGCUUAAUAGUUGCUUCUUUCGGCCUUGCUGAUGCUACCGUUCAAGGAGGAAUGAUCGGUGAUUUAUCAUUGAUGUGUCCUGAAUUCAUCCAGUCAUUCAUGGCGGGGUUGGCAGUAGCUGGUGCUCUAACUUCAGGUCUUAGGCUAAUAACUAAAGCAGCUUUUGAUAAUUCAAACGAAGGUCAACGUAAAGGAGCAAUGAUAUUCUUAGGGAUCUCAACAUUCAUAGAGUUUUUAUGCGUUUUGCUUUACGCAUAUGUGUUCCCUAAACUCCCCAUUGUUAAGUAUUAUCGAAGAAAAGCCGCUUUGGAAGGAUCUAAAACUGUUUCUGCUGAUCUUGCUGCUGCUGGUAUCCAAAACCAAUCUGAUUUGACUGAUGAUGAUUCCAAGAACCAACGGCUAAGUAAUAAACAGCUAUUACUUCAAAACAUAGACUAUGCAGUGAAUCUAGCCCUCGUCUACGUUUUGACACUAUCCAUUUUCCCCGGGUUCUUAUACGAGAACACGGGAAAACACGGAUUAGGCGCUUGGUACGCGCUUGUGCUAGUAGCAAUGUACAAUUGUUGGGAUCUAGUGGGGAGGUACACGCCGCUGGUGAAAUGGCUAAACAUUGAGAAUAGAAAAUUACUCACCGUUGCGGUUUUGUCACGUUAUUUACUCAUUCCUGCCUUCUACUUCACCGCAAAAUAUGGCGAUCAAGGAUGGAUGAUUAUGCUCAUUUCUGUUUUGGGACUAACUAACGGACAUCUCACAGUUUGCAUUCUCACCGCAGCUCCUAAAGGCUACAAGGGUCCGGAGCAGAAUGCAUUAGGGAACUUGCUGGUGAUUUUUCUAUUAGGAGGAAUAUUUGCAGGAGUUGCUUUGGAUUGGUUAUGGCUUAUUGGUAAGAAAGAUGCCUUCUGAUUAAUCAUCGUCUCUCCAAACCAAGUCACUUAAUUAAUUGGAGAUUAAUCUGUUUCUUUCUCUCUUUCACAAAAAGUAUUUUAUUAUUUGCUUGUAAUCUGUAAGUUUUAUUAUCCUUGGAACCAGAGGAUAUUUGGUUUUCUGUGCUAAGUAAUUGUUCGUUUUACUGAACAUUUCUGCAACAUUUUUUAUUAUUCUGCAACAUUUGUUGGUUUUUUUUUUGUUCAAAAAAAAAGGGAAGGUACAGUUCUAUAAGACGUUUU